AAAGCGUUCGACAAAAAGAUCUGUGAAGACCGGGGAGCAUAUUGCCCUAGCUGCUGCCAUUAACAAGCUAGGGUUCGAAGUAAUGCCUUGUUCUUAUUGUUUUUCUUACGGCCUCUACUGCCGUAUAAUAGAGAGUUCUUCUUGUUAUGGCGAAUACGUUUGUCGUGGGAGGUCGUACGAUAGUUCUAGGGUUCCGGUCUCGUCUUUGUCCUGUAUUAUAGACGAAUCAAAGCGCCUCGACCAAUUAGAACAAGAUGCUAAGGAGGCUCUCUAUGCUGACCGCGAUUCGUUAGCAAAAGCGUAGCGUCGUCUAGACAAAUCUCUAGCUCGUUUAGACCGUAUUUGUCGUCAAAAGCGAUCGUUGUUAUCUCAAGGGUCAGAGAUGGUUCGCCGGGGUCUUAUGUCUUUGGAUAAAUUAGAAGAGGUGGGACAGCAGGAAUCGGGGGCGAUUCUAGGUAUAUAGCUCAAUGGUAGCGUUAACGUUGUUGACUAGGGCGCCGUUUUUGAUUCUGUCCCGGUUUUGCCUUUGGUCGAUCUAGGUUCUGCCGGUAGAACUGUUCUAGUUUCUCAGGGCAGUUCAAAUUCUUAAUUAGUUCCUAUAAGUUGUCUUCUGGUCCGAAAUUAAGCCAUUUGACCAGGU